UGCUUCAGCUGGUUCCCUUCAGUGUUUGUCACAUGACCGGAUGUUGUGCUCUGCGCGUUUUUAGCAAUUUUAUCAUGGCCCGGAACGAAGAGAAACAGUUCGGCAAACUUAACAGGCUUUGGCUCCAGAAGGAAAAAGAAGAAGGCCGAAUUAAGGUUCCAGAUAGACCUAAGCUGUUCUCCCUAAAGACAGCUGCAUCUGUGAGGAAGUGGAUCCCAAGUAUAAAGAAUGAGAUGGAGUACUACUUACAGCAAUCCCAGCUGUCCCACUACCCUGAAAGGAAGAUCGCGGAGUUCCACAAGCGUAUCCAGGACCUUGAACGGGAGUACAAGCUUCAUGUGCGCAAACUCCGCACCCUUGACCCCACCUACAGACACCAUCCCUGGACGCCCCGCGCCUACACCAAGAAACGGAGCGUGAAAAUGCCAUGUAAUUCGGAGAUCCCUGACCCCCCAAGCUUGGAGAGUAUAGACACUGAUGGAGUCUGGAGUACCGGUGGUGAAGACAAGCAGUCCUCAGGGACAGAGGAACCUUUACCUGCAGGCCCCCAUGACCUGCCAGGCCAGGAUCAGCCCUUGUCCUUCAACACAGACCGGCUGCCCCUCAUUCUCGGCAGGUCACAAGCCGGGUGUGGAAGCCAUGGAGCGGACGGUCUGACCCAGGCGCUGCUAUCUGGCCUGCCCAACCUCCAGAGCUCUCCGUUAGCCCAAGCCCUGUCAGCACAGAGGGGGGGCGUGGCGGCGGCUACCAGUUCCAGCUGCGCUCCUCAGAACACACCACAUGUCCUGGGGCUGGCCUCUUAUUGGUCCUCCGAUGAAGACACCUGACUUACUAGCUAGGUACUAGCUAAAGGUUCUGAACCAUGAAUGUGUAGGGAGUGUCAUUUUUGUUAUUACAGCUGGUAUAGCUGGCCUCAGUGUGGUGCUAUCUAACUUUGUGUUAUGGUUAUUGUAGCUUUUCAGCACAAAAUCGAGAUUAAACAGCAAAGACGCCUCCCUCGACCCCAAA